UCCGGAGGAGGGUGGCCAUGGUCCAGCCCUGAAGCACCCCACAAAUCCUUAUUUCUGGAAAGGGAGGAACCCUGCCAGAGACAAUUUUCUGCCUCUCUUAUCAAGCCCUCUGAGAGCUGUUACCUGCGUGCAACCGGCAUGUCUAGAGGAGAAGGUUCCCUGCCUGGAGGCAAAGAAAAAGGAGAGGAGAUGGUCGGAAGCCUGGCUUGGCGGUACCUGGUGAAGCAGGGGGAGGAAGAGGCACUGAAGGAGGAAGAGGAGGAGGAGGAAGAGGAGGAAGAGGAGGAGGAGGAAGAGGAAGAGGAGGAGGAGGGGGGAGGCCCGGACUGUUGCUCUGACGACCUGAGUCCUGAGGCCUCAGGCAUGCACCCGGACCUCCUGGAGCUGGCAGUGGACAGAGAGAAGUGCCGCAGCAUCCGCAGGCAGUACCGACAGCUCAUCUACAAUGUACAGCAGAACCGCGAGGACAUCGUGAACACAGCCAGCGACUCGCUGACCGAGGCCCUGGAGGAAGCCAAUGUGCUGUUUGAUGGCGUGAGCAGAACCAGAGAGGCCGCCCUUGACGCCCAGUUCCUGGUUUUGGCCUCUGAUCUGGGUAAAGAAAAGGCAAAGCAGUUAAACUCUGAUAUGAGCUUUUUUAAUCACGUUGUGUUCUGUGACUUACUGUUGGUGUUUGUGGGCCUGAAUUGGGUGGAAGACCAGUGUGAAGAGCUGAGCGACUGCGAUGACACCAUUGCACUUGCCUUUUGGGGGAUGGUGCAGAAGGAAGCAACAUCCUGGAUGCUGAGAGCUGAAACCUUCCACUUCGUUUUUGGCUCUUUUAAGGCAGAGCGUUCUGCCCGAAAGCCCCGGCUUGAACAUCACAAAAGAGCUUGCAAAAUGGAAGGAAAUGGAGAUAUGCCUACAAAGUUGAAGAAGCUGGACAUGCAUGCUAAUCAGGAGACGACAGAAAAAGAAGUAGAAAGAAUCUUGGGAUUGCUGCAAACCUACUUUCAAAAGUACCCCGAUACCCCAGUGUCCUAUUUUGAGUUUGUGGUUGACCCAAACUCAUUCUCUCGCACUGUGGAGAAUAUCUUCUAUGUUUCUUUUAUUAUAAGGGAUGGCUUUGCAAGAAUAAGGCUUGACCAAGACAGACUGCCAAUAUUAGAGCCAACUAACGUUAACCAGGUGGAUGAAGAAAGUGAUCCCUGUUCCUAUGGCAGGAAGCAAGGAGUUAUAUCUUUGAGUUUACAAGACUGGAAAAAUAUUGUCUCCACUUUUGAAAUUUCAGAGGCUAUGAUCAAAAACUCAUGCUAAAGAUUUUUGUUUGUAGUGUAUGACUCCCAUCUUGUACUAAGGUAUCUCAAAAUAGAAUCAAAAUAGAAGCACACACUCUAGUAACUAUUUUCAAGAAUAAAUGAAAUUGUCUGCUGUGCAGUGUAUUUUUCUUGAUAACUUACAAGGUUGUCUUAAAAGUUGACUGUUGUGAUCCACAUGACACUUAUAGUAAGCUCUUAAGUUUAUCAGAAGGUGUUAGCCGACUUGCUAAAAACAAAAACCAGUUCUUGUUAUGGAACGGCCUCCCUGUCAUGGUGAGCCCAGGGUCCUGCAGGGGGUGCUUUUCACCAAGGGCGGGAAGAGUGGGACCAGAAAAAAAGUGAGUCAGUAGUUGGGCAGUGUUAAGGCUUCCUUUCAAAAAGUGGAGCUCCAUAUUCAAAACGAUUUCUUUGAUAAAUGAACAAGAAUGUGUGUGUGUGCGCAUGCUGUUAGACUCACACAACCAAGACAUUCUGGGUCUUUUGUUCUGUUGUUUUGAGACGGGGUCUCACUUUGUAGCUCUGACUGUCCUGCCUCUGCCAGCCUACUUGCUGGGAUUAAAGGUGUGCACCUCUGUGCUCUUUGAGAAGGCAUUCUGCGUAAGAAGGGCAAAUGUGUGGAGUUGUGACAUGAGAGAACAUGCAGAUUUAUAGAAAAACUUUUCUACUUGAACAUUAAGCUGGGCAGGAAUCACAGCAACCUUACCAGUGUUCUCAGAGAUAGAUGUCCAGUAGCAAGCCUUACCUCUAGUCCAUCUGGCCAAUAUCUCUGAAUUCACACAAAGUGUCCUUCAGAAUCGGUGCUGGUUCAUCAUGUAACAACUCAUCCUUGAUUUCAAAGGUGGGAGGGGUGCUGGAGAAAUGGCUCAGUGGUUAAGAACACUGCUCUUCCAGAGGUCACGAGUUCAGUUUCCAGCACCCACAUGGUGGCUCACAGCCAUUUGUAAUGGGAACAGAUGCCCUCUUCUUUCUAAACCUGGCUUAAAUUUUGAAGAUCAUUGAUUUCUCUAGGAGACCUAAGAAAUUCCAAAUUGGCUAAGUGUUUUGCAUAAUUAUCACCCCAUUUUGUUUGCAGUUUUCCUUUAGAUCUGUUGUCUGAAUUUUUCUGAAUUCUCUGAUGGUCUCUUCUGUCAUGCAGGCACUACAAUGCAAGUGAUGCACUCAUACAUGAAUAUAAGAAACAAACUGGAGGGUUUUGUUAUGUGUCUGGGCCUAUAUUCUCUCUUCACCCCUAGUGCUUGUGCGGCACACUCAGUUUCUUGUGGCCUAAGUUGGAUGGAAAUGGGGGCUGAUUUGAGGAGUUGUGCUGACAAAUAGUCUUUUUUCUGGAAGAUAACAUCAAAGGAAAGCAGUGCUCUGAAAUAUUCCAAGUUGGGAACUCCUGUUUAAGAUGUUUGUAUCAUAAGUUUUUUUUUUUUUUCCUUUGGUGCUUUGUAGUUUUAAGAAUGUAAACUACAGGACAACUAGGGAUUUCUUAGCAUGGUUGAGUGAUUUCUUAGCAUGAGUGCUGCUUUAGCUUCUACCCUCAACAUCAGUGAUGGUGUAUGCAUGUGUCUAUGUGUGGUGUGUGUGUGUGCUAUUUGGUGGUCAAUGAGGAAAAUUUGGGUUAUUAAAAUUGAGAAGAGGCAGCACACAUGCCCCAAGCUACUUCUUAUCCUUUUAUGAAUGUAAGUCUUUGGUGGUGGUUAGUGGUAUUUUUGUUAUGCUUAAUAUUAACAGUAAAAUUUCUUACUAAAUCUAAGGUAGUACAGAGGAGGGAAAUCCAAUGAUUGGGAGGUGGGAUCUUUGCGAAGAGAAAGUUGUUACACUAGUAAUGAAUAGAUAAUUCGGAAGAAAAGGCCUUUCUAAUAAAAGCAGACCACUUUCUAUAGUAGCUAUUCCCCCUUUCUGCACAUGAAGAAGUGCUCACUCUUCAAGAUGAAGGACAGCAUCAUUUGGUCCUGCUGAUUGGUCCUCAUCCUGGCAUCUCUUAGCCAGAGCCCUAGGGUUUCGGGAGGUCUGUUUGGGCAAAGUAGAUGCUGCUGGGUUACAAGAUCUGACUCAGAUCCUUACUCGACAGACUGCCUUGUUGAAUGUCUUUGCCUGGUUGUGUUCUGACAUGUAGAGAGCGCUUUUAAAACACAAACAGAAAAUGGAGGCUUGGGAAGAGCUUAAUUUUCUGAUCUGUUGAGAGGGGUGACUUUCCUAUAUAGAUCACUUUGGCCUCUUGCUUGUGCUUUCACUGGUUGUAAUGUUGGCAGCUUGUUGCAUUGUUUUGCAUUCAGACUAGGGACCUUGGAAAGAGAAUUGAGCAGCAGGAGAUGAAUUCAGUUAUAGAAAUGAACUGAAUUGCAAUUCUGCUUGUCAAGAUUCAGCAAAAAGAAGCUGACUCUAUGGAGAAAACUUAUGGGUUUUGUUUUAAAGGUAGAACUCUGAUAGCACCAGGUGCAUGUGGUACACAUGCGUACAUUCAGGCAGAAGACUCCAUCUAAAGCAAGAUUACAGGAUUAAAUUAGAAAUGCACGUGAUUAGAUAUAGUUAGUAGGUUAUUGGGAAAAGCAAGAGAUUAACUAAAGAUGUGUUUGUGGGGUGCAUGUGAUGCUUGUAUGUGUAGAAGUGAAAGGACAAGCUCUCUCUGUAGACUCAGCUGGCCUCAGAUUCACAGAGCUCCGCCUGCUUCUGCCUCCCAAGUGCUGGGAUUAAAGGCGUGUUCCACUGCAAAAGGCAGCCUUUGAAAGUUGUUGUUUUUAGUUACUGUGUGAUCUGGGGAUUGAACGCUGGUCAUCAUGAGUUUGUACAGGGAGCACUUUUACUGAUGGUGUCACCGGGAAAGUUUCUCCCAUAUUUAAAAAAAAUUUUUUUAAUUAGUUAAUUUAUUUACUGUGCAUGGUCAUUUGGAGGUCAGAGGACAACUUCUGGGAAUUGGACUCUAUGUGAGUCCCAGGGAUUACAUUUAAGUGGAGCUGGCAGGUGACUUUAUCUGUUAAUUGAUCUCAUCAGCUUGGGAAAGUUUAAUGCCACAGCCUGUCAUAUCUGAAAUAAAAGUGACAUCUGGCUUGGAUUUGAUGGGAUUUAAUGUGCACAAAGCAUGUCUGGCACAGUAUCUGUCUCAUUGUGGACGCUCAGCACGGUGCCACCUACUUCUGUGUUGACAACUCUGUAGUGAUUUAUUUACUUUGAAUCUCAUACUUUUUAAGGUCCUUACCUUUGUUCUGGUGGAAUCUACUGCCAGCUGAUGGUAAUGUGCACAUUGCUAACUGACUCAACGACUGCUAAGUGCCCACUGUGCCAGGCACUGCUCGCUAGAGCACUGUCCAUCUAGAAUGUGCUUUACAGUGUCCUGGGUGUGCUAAUUUCCUUGUGUUGCUGUAACAAAUUGCCAAACACCCAAUAGCUUUAGACCCACACUGCCAUAGCAGUCUUGGAGGCUGGUGUCAAACCAAAAUGGGUUUGGAUAGACUAAAGUCAGGACAUUGACAAGUCUGGUUCCUAUCUUUCACUUGAUUACAUUUUGAGUGGGGCGCCAAUUAGCAGGAGCUGAAUGACAGCCAGUUCAAUUUUCGAUAGGGUUAAGUGAAAGUAUAAUGUUUAGUUCUAAGGUCAACUGAGGGCUUCACUUGCUCACAUCUUGCCAGUUAAACCUUUGGAACACUUCUUUUCUUGUUUUUGUUAAAAGCUGAUUGAUAUAAUUUGAUUUAAAGCUUGAACUGUAAAAAUCCCUUAGAUGCAAAAUUUUGGUAAAGAACAUUUUUUAAACUGUCUUAGUUAAGGUUUCUAUUGCUGUGAAGAGACACCAUGACAUGGCAACUCAUAUAAAGGAAAACAUUUAAUUGAGGCUGGCUUACAGUUCAGAGGUUUGGUCCAUUAUCACCAUGGUGGGAAGCAUGGCGCAACAGACAGACAUGGUGCUGGAGAAGGAGCUAAGAGUUCUACAUCCAGAUUGGCAGGUACCUAGAAGAGAAUGCCACACUGGGCCUCUGGCUUGAGCAUCUGAAACCUCAAAGCCCACCCUCAGUGACACACUUCCUCCAACAAGGCCACACCUCCUAAUAGUGCCAUGCCCAAUGAGUCCAUGAGAGCCAUUUUCUUUCAAGCCACCCAUAAAGUUUAGGAUGUAUUUGUUCUGGCUCAUUUUGCUUAGGUGUCUGCCCUAAGAACAUGCAGUUAAAAUGAAUUGGAGGUUAUAAUAGUUAUUUUUUAAGUCAAAUUUUUAUUUAAUGGGAUUUCAAAUGUGAUUACUUUGUUGUCCAUUGAGGUCACUGAAGUUCAAGAUUUCUAAGAACGCCUUUUUUCAAAGAACAAAUGCUUAAUCUAGUUAUGUCAUCAGCCCUUAGCCAUGAUUCUUUUAUCAGAGUGAAUUAAGAGACAGACAUACUCAUGACAACUUCAAAGUUCUCCAUUGGAGGUCUUUGGCUCCCAAUUUCUUCAAACAGUUUAAGGGUAGGUUUACCUCUGCUUACUGACAUCAGCCUCUUAUGAGUGAGUUGAGAUCACUUUCAUUACUGUCCCAUUCAGAAUACCUGUGGGUCUGUAUGCUACUUGGAAAUACACUUUCAUUCCCAGCAAGAAGCAUCUACAGAUUGGACCUCAUGUUCCCCUAAGAGGGGAUGUUCAUCCAUUGAGUGACAAUUGGAACGUUGAUCUGUGCAUCUUAGUUUUCUCAUUCCCUGUGCUUUGUAAUGAUGCUCUCUUCUUACAGCUAACCUCUGUAUCAGCACCAUCAUCACUUUGCGCUGUCUCCUGUGUCCGUGUGCUUGCUUCACACUGAACAGUGUGGUUCCAGGAGAAGAUUUCUUUUUGCGCCUGCCUUUUGUUCACCAGUUUGAAAAAAGCACACACAAGUACCACCAGUUGUUGUUGUUGUUGUUAUUAUUAUUAUUAUUAUUUAUGUGUGUGGUGUUUGUUUGCAUGUAUGUCUGUGUCUCACU